AUGUGCCUUUUUUUGUGCUCAGCGCUUCAUUUUGCUGCCGCAAAUGGGCAUACAGACGUUGUUGCACGACUGCUGCAAGCAGGAGCUACCGUCAACCCAAGAAAUGAGCAUGGCAACACACCUCUUCAUUGGGCAAGCCUAAAUGGACAUCGUGAGGUCGUUUCACUGCUGAUGGGAGCUGGAGCUGAUCCAGCAGCUGUGAACAGAGCGGAUAGAACUCCAGUUGAUGAAGCCAGUCAAGCUGGUCAUAUGGAGGUGGUCGAAAUACUGACUCUUGGCCGCAAUGGACAAGCAGACAUAGAAAACAUGGAAUCUGCAUUGAAUGGUGGAGCUGAUGCUCGCUCUGGUGCACUGAGUGCCGAUGAGGUUGAAACUCCAGGGGUUUAG